AUGAUUAAAGUAAAGAGUUCAGGCAUUAAAGAAAUUGAUGCAGCUAAAUAUUUUCUUGAAGCGGUCUUAUAGUUAAGAGAUUGUUUAAAUGAAUCUAAAUAAAUAAUUAUUGAUGCAUAAGGAGAAGACAUCUGUGUAGCAACUUGUGUAUUAGAAUUAUUAAAGAAUUAAUUUCCUAAUAAUAAAAAUUUAAUCAAAACAAGCGGUUCUAUCAAUGAUAUCUAGGAUUGUAAAGAAAGUGGAAUAAUAAUUAGCUUUCAAGUAUUGGAUUUUGGUUAAGUAAUUUAGAAUCCAUAUACUUAUGUUGAGAAAUAUUUGCAUUAAUUGAUAGACUAUGAAAAAUCAUAAAAUAAAAAUAUCAUAGAGAAUAAUUCAACAUUAAAGCAAAAUAAAUAAUAAUAUCAACAACAACAAUAAUAAUAAUAAAAAGAGAUAUAAAUAGAAUCUACAUAGAAAUAAGAUUAAUAAUAAAGACCAUAAUUUGAUAUGCAUGAUAAAUAGAGCAACUCAAAAAAUAAACAGUAAAACAAAAUGCCAAUGAAUUAUAUUGGAGAUGAAGAACUGAUCUCAGAUGGAUUACAUGGAUUUGCUUAAGCUUUUGAUUCAAAAUUUGGGGCAAAUGGCAAUGAAAAGAAAAAUAAAAGUAGAAAAAAUAAAUAAAAAAAAGUUGACAAUGAUUUUUAAGAUUAAAAUUUUAUUCGAGGCAACAUAAAAUAUAGAGGAGGAUUUAAUUAUUGA